AAACUAUUUCCUGUGUUAUGAACACUGCGGAUUAAGUUCUACAACUGCAGCCAGCUCUUGCUCGGGUCAGCAGCCUGCCAGGGACUCAGACACACUUGGGAAAGUCAGCCACACCGGGGAAGUUGGAACAAUGCUGCGGCCUCUGCUGAUCCCCUUGACAUACUUCUGUCUUCAGACCUGGCUGGGAAUCCCUCAGGCAAAAUGUGAGGUGCAGCUGAACAUGAUGAAAGAUGCUUUCGAUGACCAAUAUAUAGGAUGUGCUGAAGAAAUGCAUGGAAUUGCACAUAAAUUGAUACAGCCGGAAAUGUCUCCAUUUAGCCCGCUGUGGGAAAACGCAACAGAAAAAUGGAAUCGUGUGAAAACAACAAUUACUCGUCCCAGCAACUUUGAGGAUGAGUACGGAAUAGCCCUAGUAGCCUAUACUGACCCCACCAAAUACACCAAAUACAACAAAAUUUUUUCAACUAUAUUUAAUGAUGCAGUGAGUGGGACUAACAGAUCUCGAGCUGCUUACAUGGCCAGUUUCCAGUUCAAAGCCUUUCAUUAUUAUUUGACAAGAGCUUUGCAGCUCUUAUGGAAGGAGACAGGAGAAAAGUGUGGUGUGAUGUAUAAAACGACGGUGUACCGGGGAGUUAAUACUACUUCUAAGUACACGGGACAGGCUUCCAUCAGGUUUGGAUACUUUGCCUCUUCAUCUAUUAAUAGAAAAGUGGCUGAAAGUUUUGGCAAGGCCACGUUCUUCACCAUCCACACAUGCUUUGGCGUGAAGAUCCAGGACAUGUCAUAUAAUCGUUCCCAAGAAGAAGUGUUAAUCCCACCUUAUGAGAUAUUCAAUGUGGUCAAAAUACAAGGGAAUAACGUCACCCUCCAGAGCAUAAAGCAGAACUGCAGUAAUUUUAACUGCGCGUACCUGGGCGGAAAGAAGACCCAAACAUGUGUUUACAACUCUGCUACCAGAGGCGGCCCGGCCUUUCCCAGUGUUCUGAGCCCUUCACUAUUUGGAGGAUCCGUCAUCCUGAUCCACAUUGCUGCUCUGAAGCUGUUUGCUGGUUUCUAA